AUGGUACUCAAGUCGCCCAUUCCACUGGACCAAUUGAAAUUCAAUGUCCCCGUGCGCUAUAAGCUGCACGUAGACCGAAAGCUACUGGAUAUCACGAGGAAGAAACUGGCGUUGUCGCGUUACCCCGAAGAGCAGUCGGACUUUGGCGAAAACAACUGGGCUCAAGGCGCUAAUGUAUCCCGCGUGAAACAGCUUGCGGAGCACUGGCAAAACAAGUACGACUGGGAGACACAGGAGAAUUUGCUCAACGAUGCCUUUAAUCACUUCAUUGUGAAGCUUGAUGUCCCUGGAUAUGGCUCCUUGGUGCUCCACUACACUCAUACACGGGCACAUAAUGACAAAGGAAUCCCCCUCUUAUUUUCGCAUGGCUGGCCAGGGUCAUUCGUGGAGGCAAUGCGGAUCGUUGAGCCAUUGAGCAAACCGAAAAAUGCCGAAGAUCAGGCGUUUCAUGUUGUAGCCCCCUCAAUUCCCGGGUUCGGCUUCUCCCCGGCACCAGUGAAGUCCGGCGUUGGACCGAAUGUAGUCGCUCGCGCCUACAAGAUCCUUAUGACGGAGGUUUUAGGGGGGAGAUUUUGGAUCAUUCAUUACUCGUUCUAUGGCUAUCCAGUAUCCGGAGGCAGUCAGAGCUCAGCAUUUGAAUAUGUUCCUGUACCCCCACCAACCAUUAUCUCGGCACCUGUCGCAUAUUUACGCUGGUGCUUUUCUGCGUUCACAUAUUCGGCCUUCGAACAUAAAGCCCUUCAGGUGCGAAGAAAUUUCGAGCAUGAUCAAAGUGGUUACCUUGAACAACAAAAGACGAGGCCCCAGACUCUGGGCUUUGCUUUGGGUGAUUCGCCGGUCGGUUUGCUGGCCUGGUUCGUGGAGAAGAUCCAUGACUGGGCCGAUGUGCAUGAUGCAUUUAGUGACGAUGAUAUUAUCACAUUAGUCAUGAUGCACUGGAUUCAGGGAGCGACUCCUGCUCUACGAUUCUAUAGAGAGGCGUUUGGCCGCGACAUGCGCGAAGCUGAGAAGACGUUCGAGUCGUAUGUUUCUGCUCCGACAGGCGUUAGCAUGUAUGCGAAGGAGCAGCUACAUUGCCCACGCGACUGGGCUAAUCAGGUCGCCAAUAUCCAGUUUUGGCGUGAAUAUGAGAAGGGUGGUCACUUCUCAUCCUUGGAGCGGCCAGAUAUUUUCGUGAAAGAUGUUCGUGGUUUCUUUUCGUCCCAAACUGUUCUCAAGACAUUGGCUUCCUAG